UGACUUUAUACAAUUUUCAUUGCAAACUUUACAACAUGCACAAGUUGAAAUCAUCGCAGAGGGAGAAAGUAAGGCAGUUUGUUGUAUUUACGAACACUGGUGAAAAAACUGCAAUAUACUGUCUGUCACAACACGAUUGGAAGUUAGACGUAGCAUCCGAUAACUAUUUCCAAAAUCCGGAAGUCUAUUACAAAGAGCCUAAAGCGGCAGUCGACAGAAAAUGUCUAGAGAGGCUAUUUAAUCGAUAUAAAGAUCCACAUGAAGAAGACAAGAUCUUGGCAGAGGGAGUGGCAAAAUUUAUUGAAGAUUUAUCAUUAGAUCCAACAAGUAGAAUAGUGUUAAUACUUGCAUGGAAACUCAAAGCUGCCACGCAAUGUGAAUUUACUAAGAAAGAAUUCUAUGAUGGAAUGAUAGAUCUUGGAUGUGACUCAACUGACAAACUCAAGAAUAAAUUUCACCAGCUCGAAAAUGAAGUCAGAGAUCCUAAUAAAUUUAAAGAUUUAUACCAGUUCACAUUUAAUUUUGCCAAAAAUCCUGGGCAGAAAGGCUUAGAUCUAGAUAUGGCGAUAGCAUACUGGAAUAUAGUGCUUGCUGGAAGAUUUAAAUUUUUAGACCUUUGGUGUAAAUUUCUUCAAGAACACCAUAAAAAGUCCAUUCCAAGGGAUACCUGGAAUCUAUUAUUAGAUUUUAGUAAUAUGAUUGCAGAUGAUAUGAGUAAUUAUGAUGAAGAAGGAGCCUGGCCUGUCCUCAUUGAUGACUUUGUGGAGUUUGCAAAACCAUUUGUACAGGGAAAGAGUACAACUGUUUGACAGAAUGACUCGUACAUAUAUAGUGAAAUUGUGUGUAUAGUUGAUUGCCAUGCCAAUCUGUUAUCUUAUUACCAAACCAGUACUUUUAUGAUAACCAUGUAGCUGACUAAUUGGGCUGGGUUUCAUUCCUCAGGCAACUUUUUUUAGUCAACAAUGAGUUAUUUUCCAUGGAAUGUUCUUGUUUGUGGUCCAGGAAAGGUGAAUGUUUCACCUGUUCCAUUUAUCAAAAAGUGCUAAGAAUCAAGCAUGUUAAUUGUAGUGUUUUGGGGAUUGGGUAUGCUGUAAUAUAUGAACUGAUAUCAGCUACAUGGUGUAUCUAGAAAUUAAAGUAAUGUACAGAAUUUAUGUUAUUUAAAUUUGUUCACUCCCUUGAUUUUGUGUGUCAAUUUUACCUACAGAUGAUUUUAUUAAUUUUUUCACCAUCACAGGACUAUUGAGUCAUUUAUAAGUAAAUUUUUUGGUUGCUUACCCUGGACAAGCAGUUUUGUACAAGGUUUUCUGCUUGAAUAAUCUGUGUUUGCUUUUGGUUUGCCUGCUAACCUGGUCUUAGUUUUUAAGGUUGUGUUUUCUCCAGGUGCCUGACAUCGGUAUAUUGCAAAUUAAUUCACAAAUUAGCUUAAUUACCAAGGUAUUAGUUGUUAUAUUUUAUCAAUAUCUAAGAUUGUACUCAAAGUGUGGAUGCCAAAGCAAAAAGCCAUGCAUAAAUUUCUACUCAGCUGUCAACUAUCAUGAUUUAUUCGAAUACAUGUAUAAUAGUCAAAAGACCCAAAUCAAAUUUUCAACGUCCCCAACAAAAUGAAGUUUCUUUUUUUAAUUUUAUGUAUUAAAAAAAAUACUAUUGUGAUCAACACAUAUGACACUAUAGUAGUAGAUAUUCCUAUUAAUAUUCUUGUAAAUUUCAGCAACCCUUACCUUCUCUCAUGCCAGGUUUUUGUUUUCCCAGCAAGUUGAUUAUAAUUUACCAGAGGACACAUUGCUUUUCAUUGUAAUGUAUACUUUAUCUGGAGCCAGUUGUUCACACUUGAUAAAUAGAAGGAAUCAACAGUAGCAUGAAAUGUGAUGUAAUGGAAAUAAAGAGCCCCC